AUGACGAACGAUGAGCGAACGAACAACGACCUGGGGACGAACAAAGUCAACGAACUACGAUGGCGAGAAGCGAGGAGCGACGACAGCGACGAACGAAAAGCGAAUGUCGACGAACAGCGAUUCGACAAUAGAAUCACUGCAAAGCUUACGACUUACCUUGCAUCAGAAGUGUAUAUACAUACAAAAGAACCCAGACAGGAUGAUGUCACAACGAUGCUUGAGGGGAGAACAAUGACGUACAAGAGUAUCCGAACUUCGAAACCUGUCUGGCUGAUCGAAACACCUAAAUCGGGUAAACCACUGUCCAAAUCCGGAUGGAAGCUCGGUCCUGGGCACAAGCAAGCAAGCCCCGGCUCUCCAGAUUGA